UGACUGCCCUGACAUCACCAUUGGCAUCAGCUCAGGCAUGGCGCAUCCUGCACAAUCUCUUGGGCCGCAUUGUUCAAAGGACGGGCCAGAGCCCAGGAUUGGCAACAACUUUCUGAGAGCGCGGCUCGAAGCUUUGACAAAAACCAAGCCAGGCUGGGAGCAGCACUAGACUGAAGAUAGGGUGAAGCAGUCAACCGCGAUAUCCACUUAUGCAGUGAUUCCUGGAAGAGUAUGAACUAGCUUGGGUUUGCAGCGGAAUCGGAAGCAUCAUCAAGGAGGCAAUGUAAGCCCAAUGCAAAAGUAAGAAGGUGCUUCGAAAGAAGGCCUUUGCAAGAUUUAGCAAUGGCCCGGUUCAAGUCCACCCUUGAAAGGCAGAAUGUUUACAAGAUUGCGGGCUUUGACGUCCAGUUCCCAAUGAAGCCUUAUGGGCCCCAAUUCACUUUCAUGCACAAGAUGCUCACAACCCUAGAACUUUCAAAAACAUCCAGCUCCGCGAAUGCACUGCUGGAGUCACCUACUGGCACUGGGAAGUCGCUCGCGCUGCUCUGUGCAGCGUUAGCUUGGCAGCAGCAUUGUAAGCAGCAUGGGUGUCCUCCACCUGUUCCACCAGCAGGUAGUACAGAAGCUGGGCAAUGCGCUGACCCUCAAGCAGCUAUGCAAAGUGGAGGAGGUUUUUUACCAGAUCUCAAUGCACCUCCUGCUGAAGAAGGUGGUGUCCCUGACCUAUCAGAUAAGGUCAAGCAAGCUGCCAAGAAGGAUGCCAGCAAGUCCAUCCCGAAGAUCUACUAUGCAACGAGAACUCACUCGCAAGUGAGCCAGGUGGUCCGGGAGCUAUCAAAAACUGGGUAUCGAACACCGAUGGCUAUCCUUGCCGCACGAAAACACUACUGUACUCACAAGACCAUCUCCAAACGGAAGGACAUCAACGAAGAAUGCAAGAACCUCCUGCUUGAACCAAACGGCUGCUCUUACAACCGGAACAUGUCAAAAGUCAAGACGCACCCGUCUCUUCAGCAUGGGGCUGUCAACGAGAUUCAUGACAUAGAAGAUCUGGUCAAGAUUGGAAAGCAAGUCAAAGGGUGCUCUUACUUCGCUUCCAGAGCGCUGGCAGCAGAAGCUUCGAUCGUCUUUUGCCCUUACAACUACAUCAUUGAUCCUGUGAUCAGGAAAGCCAUGGAGAUGGACAUCAAAAACUCCAUCAUCAUACUAGAUGAGGCGCACAAUAUAGAGGAUGUGGCUCGCGAGGCAGCAAGCACAACUGUGGACCUCGUCGCACUGGACGAGGUGCGCCUCGAGCUGCAGAAGAUGGUGCAUGAGGAAGGGCAGAUGGAGACGUACCAGCCGCUGAUCGACAUGACGGAAGGGAUCAUCUCGUGGAUAGAAGAGAAGUCGCAGGGCCUGAAGAAGGACGGUCAAGAGCGCUUCUACAACUCGUGGUUCGGGGACCGUCUUCUCGUAGAGUUGGAGGGCGCGGGCGUCCAGCCCCAGUCGCUCAGCAUCCUGCUGUCUUGCUUCCAAAAGGUCUCUCAGCAAGCUGGGGAGGCCAAACCGGGGGAGUUGCACGUGAACGGGCAGGCGCUUGCGACCUUGGAAGGUCUUUUCACCAGUCUGAGAUUCUUGCUGUCGAACGAGGCGCGCCGCCUGAACGAUUUUUGCAUGGUCCUCCAGAAGCUUGUCAAGCGGGGCGAAGGGAUACGGGGCACUGUGUGGACGACGGAGCUCUCGCUCUGGUGCUUGAACCCAGCGGUGGCCUUUGAAGAGGUCGCUGCAGCUGCCCGGUCCAUCGUCCUAACAUCCGGUACGCUGUCCCCCAUGGACUCCUUUGAGAAGGAGCUCGGCUGCAAGUUCAGCGUCACCAUGGAGGGCUCCCACGUCAUCGACAUGGACAGGCAGAUUUGGGGCGGCGCCAUAGGGGUCGGGCCGAAUGACGCUGUCCUGAACGCGAGCUACCGGAGCGCGGACGGAGCGGAGUUCCAAGACUCUCUCGGCCUUGCGAUCGAAGAGUGCGCUCGCAUCGUACCCGACGGCCUCCUCAUCUUCUUCCCGAGUUACAAGCUCAUGGAGAAACUGUCCGCACGCUGGAAGUCCACCGGCCAGUGGAAGAGGAUCAACAAACAGAAGCCUAUCUACUCAGAGACGCGCGGCAGUGACGACCAGUUCGAAAAGGUGCUCGCCGGCUACUACAGCACGAUCAAGAAGGUGCAGAAGCGCCGCGCGCAGGCUGCUUCUCCUGAGGAGGACGCGGAUCCUGACAAGAACAUUAGCGGCGCCAUCUUUCUCGCGGUUUGUCGGGGCAAGGUGUCGGAGGGCAUCGACUUUGCAGAUGGGAAUGCUCGAGCAGUGAUUGUGGUUGGCAUCCCGUUUCCAUAUGCGAUGGAUCUGCAAGUCGUCUUCAAGAAGCAGUUCAACACAGUGAAUCAAAAGAGUAGGGACCUCCAGAACGGGGACCAGUGGUACUGUCAGCAGGCCUUCCGAGCGCUCAAUCAGGCCAUAGGGCGCUGCAUCAGACACCGCUACGACUUCGGCGCCGUCCUCCUCUUCGACGAGCGCUUCUACCGUGCCAGUAACACGCAGUCCCUCUCCAAGUGGUUGCGUGGCUCCAUCACCAAGUACAACAACUUUGGCGAGAGCAUGGACUCCCUGCGCAGCUUCUUCCGGCGGUUGGAGCUGGACCCUCCAAAACGAGCCCCGUCGCCUCCCGCCCCCGCGCCCUUCGCCGUCGAGCCCCCGCAGGGCUCCGGCAAGUUCCACCCCAUGUUCAACAAAGCCCUGGAGUCUUCCACCGGGCGCCCCCUUUCCGCCAAGCCCGCCCGCUCCGGUCCCGGAACGUCAGCCCCCGAGAACGACUCUCUAGACACUGUCGAGACGUUUGCAGAGCAGCUGUUGGGCUGUCGGGCGGGCCCGUCGGGGGCUGCUGAAGCGUUCGCGGAACGGCUGUCGGGUUUCAAGGCGGGGGUUCCGGUUCCGGACGCUGCCGGACCGGAGGGGGGCUACGUCCGGCGGUACGAGGCGACGCAGCCGACGCGGUCGGAGAGGCGGCAGGCGAAGACGAGCCCGUUCUGGAACGACGAGGGGUUCGUGGAACCCGCGGCCCCGGCUCCCAGCAGUUCCGCCGGAAAGCAAGCGGAGACGCAGGGUCACGGACCGGUGGACUCGCUAGACCUGGAGACUUUGGACGCUUUGGUCGCCGAGUGUCGGGAGGAAGAGAGUCUGAAGGCAACGGAAGCAGGCAUUAGUGAUCGGGGCAGGCAGACCGGGAAACAGUCUGAACCUGCAGUCCCAGAAGUAGAACGGAACCAGGGCGAGCGUGAGUCUUUUGGGCCAGCCGGUUGCAGGGGCCCGACGGCACCCCAGGCCCUGCAAAGCGGUAUGCGUUGUGGAAACACCGGAGCGACGUGCUCGGGGCAGCCGCCGGGGGAUCCCCUUGAGGGGAGCGCUUUUUUUGGGGGGGCUGGGAUAGCGGAUGCGGACACCCUGGGGACAAGCAUCUCCUGUGCUCGGUGCGGCUCUGAGGUCGCUGCUGUCUAUUCCCCGGAGGUCACGAAGACGGUGCUGCAGAAGAGCUUUCUCCAGGGCCUCUUGGAACGAAGCCGGUCAGAGAUGGGCCUUCCGCUUGGGGAUGCCGCUGCCCUGUCAGACGGAAGGGGACUUGGCGGGGGCCUGUAUCCGGUCGAAGUUCUGGUCGUGAACGCCAGCGAGCUUGGUUUGCAAGGGCGACAGGGAACGGGAUCUGCGCGAGUGGAGCAGCAGUCGGGGGGGAAGGGCGGGGGCAUCUGGGUUGAGAAGGACGGAUGCGUGUUUGAGCCGGUACAUUGCCCCGGGUGCGGCCCUGGGGGAAUGAGCGUUGGGGCCAAGGUGCUGGCCGCAGACAAGGCCAACUCCUACUUCAACGGGCAGGUGUUCCUAUUUCCCGAAGUGAUUCUACAACGACCUGCUAGGCCGCCCGGGAGGCACUCAGACCCUCUCCCCGGACCCCGGCCUGCCCUCCCCCGGCAAUCUUUCCCGGUACUACCUUCCCCGAGCGAGCACCUCCAGCCAAGCCCCUUUCGGCUGGACACGCAGCCUCCCUUGUCAGCGGGUCCAUUUAAACCGGUCGGAAACUUCUCCCCCCGACUGGACUCGGUCCCGCCGUUUUUCCCAUCUGUCGCUCAGGACCUUCCACCCCACCCCGAGUCGCACCCGCAGAUCGGUCGGGACUUUGCCACCGGCGUCUGCACUGCACCGAUGCGUGGCGCUAUCGCUGACUCGCUUCAGAACACGAAAGCCCCGGUUGGAAGCCCCUCCGAAGCGCUGUACAUUCCGGCGGCACAUCUGCUCCCACCGGAAUCGUUGCGAGCGGGCUUCGUCCCGGCGACGAGUAAGGCGCCUGCUGCCCAGACCGGAGAGGCGCCCUCCGGAACGGUCGAUCCGCAGCGGAAUGGACAGCCCACCCCUCGGGCCCCAAAGCCGCUGUACGUGGCUCGAGCGGGCGCCAGGCGGGCGAGCUUACAGGCCGGCAUUUCUGGCCGAGGGGCAACAAUCCUGUCUGCAUCCGAAGCGAACGUUUUGAACUCCGGAGGCGGGGGCGCGCCCGCGGUUCCGGAAGAGGGGGGAUGGCAGACUGCGGCGAGGGAGUUCAGAGGGUCUGCCGAGACUGCGAACGUAAUGGACGGUAGGGAGUCGAACGCCGCGGCAGCGCCUUCAAUUCCGGGAGCGACUGACGAACGCUCAAGAGAAGAAGGAGCGGCCUUGCCGGACAGCCGCAAGCGGUCAGCUGGAAGGAAACGGAAAAGUGCAACCAGAAAGGACGAGCAUAAGCGGCCGCGAGAAGUGAUCUUGGAGACGGAUAGCGACGAAGAUGCUGUGGAAAAAGGCGUCCGAAGCAGUCGAAGAGUGAGCUAGGCCCACCUGGAAUGAUGAUCGGUCCAGAGCUCUUAAUAUGCUUCCAGGGUGAGCUCGGUACCGUCAAACACAGUUGGACAGGAUGCAAAGGAGUUAUAGUACGCGACGGAGGUGGUUGGACUGUGAAGUCGCGAAAACGUCGAGACCUGAAUCCUUGCAAAGAUUCCAUUCUGCUCACGACUGGCCACUGCUAGAUUACGAUCCCACAAUUUUAGGCCUUUGUUUACUUACAUGCAAAAUUCUACGGAUAUUUAGACAGAUCAAAGACAAAUUGGACUUCCGGCUCGAUGACACACUAAUGCAUCCUUCUCUCGUGCGCUUAAAAACCGUC